AUGAAAUAUAUUAAAAUACUAUUUUUGAUAUUUUUAAUAUCUUUAUUGUGUAAUAAUUUUAAAAUAUUUAUUUUAGCUACAGAAAGCAAUAAUAAUAGCAAUAAUGGAGGUAUCGAUACCACACAAAAUAAUUUAGAUAAUAGUAAAAAUGAAAAUAUAGAUAGUAAUAAUAAUAAUAAUAACAACAAUUAUAAUAAAAGCGAAAAUAGUAAAUUAAAUGACAAUAACAGUAAUAAUAAUAAUAAUAAUAAUAAUAAUAAUAGUGAAAUUAAUUCAAAUUUAGUUUAUCCAACAAAUUUAACACGUACAUAUGAAGGAAAUUGGAAUAUUUUACAAGGUACAAUUUCAAAAUUGAAUGAAUUUGAAAAGAAUUCAGGUGUAAUAAUAUUUAAUCUUAGAAAUUUUAAAAUUGAUAGAGAAUCAAUACAAGAUACAAAGUAUUUAAAUGAAACCCAACAAUAUGAUCUCAUAGAGGGAUCGAUUAGACUAAAAGAUGGUAGUUACAGAGGUGACUCUGGUAUUGAAGGUUUCCUAUAUGGUAUCUAUGAAUUCAAUACUGGUCUAACCACAAUACUACUAUUACCAUACGAUAGUAAUCAAGUGAUCUUUAAAAGACCAACAAACCCAAUCAAUAUAACAAUGCUAAUAAAUCAGACACAAUCUGAACAAAUUCACUCAAUUAAAUAUCAAAUCAAUACAAUUGUUGAAAAUAAUAAUCCAUACUUAUUUUUAUAUGGUAAUAAUGGUUCAAUCAUUUUCAAAAAUAAUAAUAAUAUAACAAAUUUACAUAACAACAAUACUACUAAUAAUAGUGAUAAUGAAAUUUAUGGUGAUGAUGUUUUUGGUUAUGGUGAUGAUGAUGAUAUUAAAUUUUAUAAUGGUGAUAAUAAUUUUAUAAUGAUGAAAUUAAUACAACAAUUUGAAAUGAUAACCAAAGAACAAAAUGAAAAGGUUAUAAGUGAUUUGUUAAUUAAUAAUUAUGUGAAUGAAGAUGAAAGUAAAUUUUUUAUUGCAAAUGGUGUUUUGGAAUCUACAUAUUUGAAUUUAACAUUGUCAGUAAAGGUAAGUGGUUUCGAUCUACCUUUGUUCAGAUCAAAGAUGAUGAAUUACGUAGUUAUGGUAUCACUAUGUUCAUUCAUUCAAAUAUUUGUAUUAAUUCGUCAAAUGGAUUACACUGGUACUCAAACUAGUGCAGCAAGAGUUUCAAUCUAUACAAUUGGUAUUCAAACAAUUAUGGAUGCAUAUCUCUGUCUAAUUCAUCUUUCCGCUGGUGUAAUUAUGGAUUACCUUUUCAAUGCUUUCGCAACCGCUUCUUUCUUCCAAUUUGUAACUUUUGCAUUAUUUGAAAUGAGAUAUUUAUUAAUAAUAUUAAAAGCAAGAUCACCUUCUGCUUUUGCUGAUGGUUGGGAAUCAUUAAGAAGACAAAUUUCAAUAUUUUAUUUAAGAUUUUAUUCAUGUCUUUUUGGUGGAUUUGUAUUGUUAUAUUAUUUUAGUAACUUUUUCCAUUUCUUUUUAUUCUUAUUAUUUUCAUAUUGGGUACCACAAAUUUAUACAAAUGCAAAAACAUCGGUUAGAAAACCAUUCCUUUGGAAAUAUGUCAUUGGAAUUUCAAUUACAAGAUUAACAAUUCCUUUAUAUUUUUAUGCUUGUCCAAAGAAUAUCUUUGUUCAACCAAAUCCAUUCUUUGCAAAUAUUUUAAUCUUUUGGAAUAUAACUCAAAUUUUAAUUUUAUAUUUACAAAGUAAAUUAGGUCCACAAUUCUUUAUUCCUGCAAGAUUUUUACCAACAAAAUAUAAUUUUUAUAGACCAAUAUCUAUGGAGAUUAGAAGUAGAGAAGAGGGUCAGGGUUGUGUAAUUUGUAUGAGCGAUGUUGAAGAAGGUCAAAAAUAUAUGUUAACUGAAUGUAAUCAUCUUUUCCAUGAAAAAUGUUUAUUACAAUGGUUAGAAUUUAAAGCUCAAUGUCCAACUUGUAGAAGUGAAAUUGUUAAUUAUAUAGAAUAA